GUGAGCUCAGAGCCGCUGCGGACAGAGAACUUGUGACCAGACCAGCAGCAGCAGGAGCGGACAGACAGGCCGACAGACAGACAGACAGACAGACAGACGGCGGCUCCGUGACAUAAAAACCGGACCCGAGCAGCUCCACAGUCCUCCUUCGAUCACCGCAUCUUUCCUCCACGCAACAUGGACUGCGGGAUUUUAACGUCCAAGACCGUCCUCCUCUUCCUCAGCCUGGUGUUCUGGGCUGCAGGGGCGGCGCUGGCCUACGUGGGCGCCUACGUGAUCAAGAGCUAUAACAACUUCGACCACUUCAUUCAGGACAAGUACACGCUGAUCCCGGCGGCCAUCAUCAUCGGCGUCGCCGUGGUGAUGUUCAUUUUCGGUCUGGUGGGAUGCUGCGCCACGAUCCGGGAGUCCAAAGUCGGCCUGAGCUUUUUCUUCCUGAUCAUCAUGCUGAUCUUUGCAGCUGAAGUUGCUGCUUUGGUGUUCAGCCUCAUCUACCAGAACAAGAUAAGCGGAGACCUGGAGCGCUCCAUGAACGACGUCUUCGCAAAGUACAGCGAAAAUGAACCCGAGGGCAGAGCUGUGGACUACCUGCAGACUCAGCUGCAGUGCUGCGGUGUCCAAAAUUACACCAGCUGGUCCAACACCACCUGGUACGCCACCCACAACAACACAGUGCCUCUCUCCUGCUGUAAAAACGCCACCGCCACACAGUGCACCGGCAGACUGGAUCAACCAGACCUGCUCAACACAGAGGGUUGUGAGACCAAGCUGGAUCACCUCCUGCAGGGUGUGCUGAGUUACGCCAUGCUGGUCAUUCUGGGAUUCGCCAUCAUCAAGUUCUUCGGGAUGCUGAGCGUGUGUGUGAUCACCUGCAAAACCGGCAACCGGAGGAGUGGCUACCAGCCUCUGUACGCCUGAGCUGCCCCCUGACACCACUCACCACCUCCUCACUUUUUGCUUGAUUAGGUUUGCUGACCUUUUACUCAGCAGUGUACAGAAGCAGUCCAGGCCACCCGUUGUACAAACCUAACAUUUUAUUUAAACAAUGGCACAUGAAGUACACACACUUGACGAUGAUUGGGUCAGUUUCCGUGUGGCUGAGCAGCCCGAUGUUUCUUUUCACUCUCCCUUGGGGAUAACACACGUGUGAGAAUAGCACAAAAUACCACUUUGAAAGCAUCUUUUAGUGUCUUCUACUGACUGUCAGCAUAGCACAGCUGCCACGGGGGAGAAAAGGUGUUUUCCCACUCUGCUGCGCCAUGUAGAUAAUCUUUUAAACAACCUUAUACUUUUGGAAUGUACCAUAAUGAAGGACUUCAAGCUAUAUUUGAAGCUUUUUGUGAUUGUGAACACAAGGAUAGCAGUUUAAUGCCUUAUUUAGGUGUGUGUGUGUGUUUAUGUAUAUGUGUAUAUAUGCACGCACACACACUUAUGUUAAAUGUCAUGGUCAGUUAACUGUAUUGAAUUAGGUGACAGUCCUACAUAGUUGGACUGUGGUUGUGUUUAUUAUGUUUCUAAAUUAAACAGGUGAAUAUUUCCAGAA